GACUGAGGAAGAAGCCGUCCUUCCGGAAGCACGUAGAUUGUUUAGUUUAUGUUCUCAAUUUCUAACUAAAAUUUCAGCAUAAAUACUACAUUUCAGUCUUAUUAAAAUGGCCGGUUUUUCGCAAAACGUUACAGACGAUUUGUUCGACUCAAUUAUAAUGGCAGACGACAGGUUCCAUUUAGAUGGAUACCGUGAAGGAUUUGAGGAAGGAACGCAACAGGGAUUGAUCGAGGGCAGAAACCACGGCAUGCUUCACGGUGCCAGACUCUCAGCUGAGGUUUCUUUUUAUCAUGGCUUUGCACUCACAUGGAAAUUUAUCCUACAAAACACUGAAGAUGUUAAAGCAAGAAAACGACUGAAAGCUGUUGAGACUUUGGAUGCAAUGAUCCAAAAGUUUCCAUAUGAAGACCCACAGAAUGAGAAGCUCCAGGAACACAUGGAGAGAGUGAGGGCCAAGUUUCGACAGGUGUGUUCGUUACUCAGUGUGACUGCAGACUUCCGUGAGUAUAUGUCUGGAUCAGAAGGAAUGUCAUUCUGAAAGACUACAGAGGCGAACCCAGCUCUGAGGCGUCCUCCUGCGGUGUGGAUCACGAGACAUCUGCGACUCACAGCAAGCCGAAAAGAGAAGCGAGACACGGUGCAGUUGUGCUGUAUAUGCAGAGUCAAGGCUUGUGAAGUGAACAGUGGGAAUGGUCAAUUAAUGCCGUGGUUUUAAAGGUCAACGCUUCCUCAUGACCUCAUACAGUAAAUAUACCAGGAAAUGAGUCAGAUUACUCUUAGGAUCUUGGGUUAGUCCCUUUGAGAAGGUGAGUAUGUGCUGAUCUGUGAUCAGUUACAGGUUGACUUUGGCAUUCUGCUUGAAUUUCCCUGACGUGCGUGAACACCAUCUGGUGGUGAAGUUGGAGAAAACAGAGCCAUCCUCAGAUGUUCUUAUGUUAAUGGGUGCACAUCUCCAUCUGCUGGUGGAGCAAAUCAGAACUAGAUUAUUAACAUUUUCACCUUGCUUAACUGAAUCAACACCUAUUAUACAGCAUUUCAACAAUAUUUCCCGCAGAAAUGGGAAAUUCUUUUGAAUAGAAUUACAUUUUAAUACAUCAUUUGAUUGUGGACAUUUAAAGUGUCUUGCUUCUUAUUAACAAAAUAAAUGUAACAUUUUUUAAUAAUGUUCAGAGGUGUGGGAUAUCCAGGAAAGCAUUUUAGGUAAGAAUGGCAGUUUUGCAUGUAUUAUUUAUUACAGUAAGCAAGAAGCUUGGAUGAUAUAAUAAUUUAAUAACUACCUAAGUAAGGAAUAAAUCAUGACAGGGUGUGUUGUUAUAGGAAAAGGAUCAUUAAAAGGGUGGUACGAUGUUAGCACAUCAUGAAAUGUUUUAUUCCUGUUAAACAUCAAUUUGCCAACACUCAAAAUGUUUUUGAUUUAUAUAGAACACCGUGUAAUAAUUUUAUUCCUUUUAUAGUUAUGUUUGAAUUUGUGGAAUGCCCACAAACAAGUUAGCUCCUGUUAUCGCUUGGAUUAUGAAACUCUCUAAUCAACAAGACAAAAUUUUUUUUGUUUUCCAAAAUCGUAAACUACUGAAUAGCUUCCCAUGUUGAAAAACUUCAUUACAGCUUUAUCUCUGACUGUUGCAAAGCGCUGAUACUGGGAACUCACAGAAUUAGCUUACAGAAUGCGUCACCAUUUCAACAAUCACACGUUUCUAAAAUCUGCUUACGUGGCACGUCCACUAUACAAGGCUGUAGAAAUGAUAAUGUAUUAGAACAAGCGCAUUAAGAUAAACUUGUGUUUCGAAUUGCAGCCGGCACUACUACACUACUGUCAGAGCUGCUGUUAUAGAAAAGUAAUCAUCACCUUCUGAGUUGAGAAUUCAGCAGCGCUGCGGUGUAAAUGUAUUUCACUGAUUACAUAAUAACAUCAUCCUUAAAAUUUUUAUUCAGAGUAUAAUCUGUAUACCCGUUGCCGGUUGGCAUUAAUCCAGGUUUGAACACCUGGUCAAUCCUUUGUGCGUCACCCAAAUUCGUUUUCUAUAGUCUUGUGCUUUGUGAGGUUUUGCAAUAAAGGACUGAACCUCGUAUACUCUGGUAUAAUAUUUUCAAUUUCUUUAAGAAUUUGCCUUCUCUCCUCGUCCUUUGUUGAAGAACGCUUCCAUAAAAGCUUCAAAGGUGUCUUGGAUUUCAGUAGAAGUGCCGCCACGCUGGAUCAUUAGUUACCUCCUUUCCCCCCAGAGAACGAGUGUGAUUUUUAUCAUGCGAAUGCUUACACCUGCUCUUGGCCUAAAUCCCAGUUACCUUUUGUUAGUUUUGGUUAACCAACCCCGGGCCCCAUGAAAUUCCUCCGCUGGGUCUCUCAAUGCCGUUUCACGGGUGGUCAGCAAAAGUCUGCUGACAGAUAGCGUUCGGCUGCAACAAUGCCACGCUGGGGCCGGCGCAAGAGGGCAGGGGCCGGGCAACGCACUGCCGUUUUUUUUUUUUUUUUUGUUCUACUCUGCUGGCGCUUUGAGGCGGAGGUGCAGCUCUGAAUUCAGCCGGGUUGGCAGAGAAUGAGAGGGUGGUGCUGGAAGUGGCAGCUGGUCUGCGCUCUGUGCAGCAGCAGGUGAACACGGGGCCCGAUGGCGGCACCUUCAGAGCAAUGACAGAUAAAACCGCACUCUUCCCUAAAGGCCUCCAAUCACAACAUGGCAACGCUCGCUCCAAUGUGACCUGCCUUUGUGUGUGUGAAAUAUAGAGAUUUAUGUGAUGGCCUCCUGUUUACAGAUGUGCCUUAAGAAUCCAGAGGUAUUAUAAUUGAGGCAUAGUGUGUCUACAGUUGGAUACAAAUUAGGCUGUUUUGCAUUAGAUGUUUUGUUUAGACACUGAAAACUUGAUUUUUUCUUUAGGAUACUCACGUUAAUGAUUUAUGUAUGGAUCUGUAUUAGAAGUUUCUGUGUGUCUGACUCAUUCCGAAUGCAGAACAGUAGAACAUGAAGAUGGGGAGGGGGGCUGGUGAACGAAGGCUAAAAGAAAGCUUGAGGAGCGAUGUUUCUUUGGUUUCUUUCAGCUGGCCGAGCCGAGUGGCUGGGGCCAGCGAGAGGGAGCAAGGCCGAGCAAAUGAAGGAGGACGCUGGAAGGUUUCAGAAAAUGUUCAGGAAUUUCAGGAGCAGGUGGCGAGUGGUGACAUGAAAGGAGGACGUGACAAAUGCAACCGGCGGGCACUCAAGAAAAAAAGGCCCCUGGCUGAAUGGUGGCAUAGUAUCUCCCUUUUUUUUUCUCCUCGGUGCCUCAUACCCCCCACCCUCUCACACACACACACACACACACAUAGACACAUGCACCAGCUCCAAUCUCAGCAUUAAGCCACUCGCUUGCCUGCAUAGUUCAUGAUGUGGAUGAUAAAAAUAUGCAAUUCCUAUUCACAGCACAGACAAGAAAGGUCCUGCCACUUAAUUCGGCAGAUGUGUGAAGCUGGUCUACUCUUGCUUUGUUUCCCGCUUUUAAUAGCUGCUUAUUAACAUAUAGUUAAAGGAAAACUCCACCCUUGAAAUACAUUAAAUAUGCUUAUACUGAAAUAUUUGCGAUCUCUCUCAGGUUUCCUUCACUGUUUGCUCCUAAAUGCAAAAGAGCAACAGCUUCUUUUCUCACUCACCUUUUUCCAGCGAUAUAAUCAAUGUCAUAUAUUAAUGAGAAAUCCAACACAGAAGUGGUGGUGAUGUUUGUGCAAACACUGAGCUCAUAGUUCCAGAAUGCAAUGCAGUUAAAUGACAGCUGUGGUGAGUUAUAGCAGAGAUGCCGCUUGGCUUGUUAUGGAAUUAGCAUGAAACUUGUGAUGGCGGUAUUAGCAUGGAAGUUGAAGCUUUGGAAGCUGAUCUGUUUGAGCAGGGUGUACAGAUGAGGAGGUGCG